AUGGCGGAUUCCAUGUCGCACCUGUCGCCAGAGAAGAUGAACGCCAACGCCGACGCCAUCAUAAUGGACGAGGAUAUGGACAUGGCGUCCCACGACCUUCCUUCGUCGCCAUUCCUGGAUCACAUCGAAAUUGUGGCGGAUGAUCAGGAAAAUAUUGCGCCAAAUGCUGUGCGGACACCGGUGAAGUCGCUGGUCGACUUGGACGAUAAUGUUCCCCAAUCCGCCUUCAGGGUAUCGCCUGAGAAGAGAUUUGGGCUGAAAGAGCGCAAUAGCCCGAUGAAGACGUCGCCGGUGAAGAACCUCAUGGAUGACUACGAGGAUGCUGAGCCCAAGUCUAGCGCUUCAACUCCAAGGAAAAGCAACACUCCAAGGCCCCUUCGCGAUAACGAAGGCUUGACCGCCGCUAUGAAAUUCAUGGACGAGACACCCAUGGAAAGCUACGGAAGCUCUGCUAGGCCAAGUUCGCGGGAUUACAAUGACGAGGUGGAUUUCGGCAUGGACAACACAGACUUCAACCCGGACGGCCCCGAGCCCACGUCGUUGGAUUUUGACGAUACCUGCUUUACCUCCUUCUCCGAGAUGCCUGGAAUAGACAUGACCAAGUUUGCAUCUCUAAAGCAGAGCCCUGCCAAGAGCGAAGCGCCAGACGCUACACCUCGCGCCCGCGCUCAGAUGACACCCUCCACAGUCCGCCGCGCAGAGCGCACGCCUAGCCCUACACCCCGUCGAUCUUACAAGGACAAUGACACCACAAAUCUCCUUCUGGACUUUACUGCACAGAUUGAGUCAUUCUCUUCAUCCCGCCACGGCUCUUCGUCGCGCGUACGUCCCACGCCGAACAAGUCCACAACAGAGCCCAACCUCCGCUCCUAUUACCAGAGCCAACGAUCGCCGGCAAAGGGUGGUUCACAAGUACCAAGCACCCCAAGCCAGAGCCGGCAAAUGCUGAAUUUACUGGACUUUGAACUACCUCCUCCACCAACACCGCGGUCUCUACCGACUGUCACCAUUCGAGAGCUGGAGUCUGUCAAAUCUCAGUUCCAAUCCCAAGUCUCUUCGCUCACUGCUAGCUUGUCAGGGAAGGAAGCUGAGAUUGGUGCCCUCUCCAAAGCAAUCGCCGAUGCUGAGCGCCGUGUUGGCGAGGCACAAGAGACAGUUCGUGAAGAGCGCUCCGCGCGCGAAUAUGCAGAGACUCAGAUGGUAGACUGGAAAUCAAAGGGAGAAGAGGUUCAGAGGCUACUACAAGACGUUCAGUCAGAAAUGGCUCGCAACGAUGCUGAGCGUGAAGACCUCCUCGCGAGAUUGGCUGAGGCUGAGAGACGUGCAGAGGACGCCGAGAACCGUUCGUCUGAGCUCGAGACCAAGGUCAUUGAAGCUGAAAGCAAGAACGUGGAUAUGACCACAUUCAUCCAGAACGAUGAGGGAGAUGAAAACAAGAAGAUCUACUCAGAGAUGGAGUGUCAGUCUGCUAUUGCUGAAAAGGUCAAUGAAGUUGCGCGCGACUUACACACAGCCUAUAAAGCCAAGCACGAGAAGAAGAUCAAGGCACUCAAGGACAACUACCAGAAGAAGGCCGACGAAAAGUGCAAGGAGCUCCGGGUGCAAAUCACUCGCCUCGAACGACAAGUCGAGGAGGCAGAGAAGAAACGCGACAACACCUUUAGCAAGAUCAGCCCUGGUGAAAACGACGACGAUAGUCUAAUUUCGCCAUCCAAACCGACGCGGAAUGCUGAAGAUGCUCAGAUGCUGGAGGCACAACGAGCAGAGAUUGAGAAUCUCAAGGCUAAACUUGCCGGCCUACAGUCGGAACUCCAAUCACUCCGCAAAUCCCACGACUCUCUCGUCGAAGACCUUGAAGCCGAGCGCAUCGAAAAGGGCGAAUUGGUCGCUGCCGCAGAACAAAUGCUUUCCAUGUGCGGCGAAAAGAUGGAAGAGCUACAACAAGAAGACCUCCGUCGUUCGCAAAUGGCGCCUGCACCACCUACUGCGCCUCAGCAACAAGCUGCUGCUGCUGCUGCUGCUGCUCCUCCUCCUCAGCAAGCAAUGCGCAGCACCGGCUUCCUCGCUGGAGGCCCCGCCCCCGCCCGUCCCGGAUCCUCUCUCGGAGGCGGCCGUCCAGGCAGUUCAAUGAGCGGCCCUACGCACGAGCGUGGUAACAGCACCAGCAGCAGUAGCGGCAUCGCCAAACCAUCCGGUCUUCGCGGUCCAGGAGGCAUCAAAUUCCAAGGCAACAACUCCGCACUCAACAGGAGUCAGAGCAACGCCGGUAAGAGCCGGUUACUCUCCAACAUUGAGCGCAUGGGCGGUGGAAGGUCACAGGAGUAG